AAAAUAAAACUGCGCAAUUUCUUUUGGCCGAGGGCCUGCGUGGUCCCUCCUGUGUGGAAAUGUUCGGGAGCGGAUUGGAUCGCAGGUUCCGUCAAUCCCGUUGGAUUCGGCUCCUCUCUGAGCAGCAGAUGACGCUUCGCAUCAAGAGGAGCCGAAGCGAGCUGCGGAUCAUGCCUUGCCCAUGGGCCGACACACGUUAGGGGGACGUGCGGAGCGCCACUUGCGAGCCGGGACGAGCUGCGCAAUCUUUGCGCGGCCGUGGAAAAGGUGCGCAAAUCCAGCAGCGAGUCGAAAUUUUGCCGGAGCUCUCUGUCCCCCCCCCCCCCCAAAAAAAAAAAACCACCACCACCAGCCGCGCUCUGGCCUUUGGUGACCACGCGCGUGUGCUCGGAUCCGCGCCGCAGCCCUCGAUGCCGCGCCGGGACCAGUUGACAUGUCGCAAUCGACGAUGACACGAGUCGCCGCGCACGAUCGUGGCCACGCAGCACAGUGGGCCGAAGGAAGAGCGUUUGAAUGUCGUUCCUCGGGAAUGGAUGCCGUCGCUGACUCCACCCCUCCGCGCGCACCGCUGCAGCGGCAUUUCGCGCUCACGCCGCACGGGGGCGCCACAGCGCCGCAGGACACCGGAGGGGGACUGCACGAUGGCGGCCUGGUGAACCGGACGGACUGCAAUCCCCAUGAUCCCGUGCGCCCGAGAGAGAUGACCGGCGGCUGAAGCUGAGAGGAACAACGCGACCGUCGAUCAAAAACAUCCGUGCCGCUCUGCCAGGCUGAAUGCAUCACGCGGUCGAGCAGUUUGGUGGGCGUGGGACACGGGAUUCCUUCUCUCUGGAUGGACUCAGCCGGGGACCCUGGGCUCCCGUGGGUGGCCGCGCCUGGCAGCCGCCUGGCAGGUGUCUGCCGGGCAUGAACCAACAGCAGCUCCUUCCCCAUCUACCUCCUGGUCCGAUUCACGGACUCAACCAAGCCAAUAAAUUCUUUAAGAAUGGGCCCACGCGAGGUGGGGAGAAGCUGGAUCUCCCGCAGCCGGUGGUGGCGGGUCUGCCAAGGGAGCAGCUGAGACCCCUCCCUCAUCAUGCCCUUCAUCAUCUUCAUCCCCUUCCCCCUCCUCACCGGGCAUGGGAGCAGCUGGGCCAGCUAUACGAAUCCCACCAUCCUCCCCAAGGACACCCAGGCGCCACCCUCCCCGAGCACCCUCUCCGCCUCCAUCACGGCGGCUACCCGGGCAGCGGCGGAGCCCCCCCUAGUCCGCAUCCGUCCGCCAGCCGGCCGAUGCAACCUCUGAAGUUUGGGGGUCCUCAGGAGCACCACGCCCCCCGGGGGCCGCCACCGCUGGGAGACGACACGUGGGCCCAGGCGCAUCAGCAGAGGGGACACGCCGGCAAGAUGCCCGGUGGUCAGCUGAAGAGACCGCGGCCCCCCCUCGGCGAGCACUCCGUCAUCCAGCACGCUCCCGCGCCAUCCGUACACCCGUCGGCACGCUCGCCCGCGGAGGACUGGCCCGGCCUUAGCAAGAGGAAAAAGACCACCGAUCAGGUCUCGCAUCCCGGACAGCAGCGCUUCCCCGGACCGGGCCAGACUUUGCCAUCCCAGCCCCACCACGUCAAAGCGGCCUUCUGGAACCCCCUCCAUAAGGACGACAGCGCGUGGCAGCCUCAGAGUUGCGAUCGCAAGAACCCGCCACCGACGGAGUUCCAAAUCCCAAUUGAACCUCAUCAACAAGCACUAGGCAGCUACCCCCAAAAUACGCCUCCGGCGUCAAGCACCCCUUCGGCCGCACCGCCUCCUCCGAGUUACAACCAGGCAUAUCCACCCCCUCUGCAAAGAGACUGCUUCCAACUUCAGGGUGUGAACCAGCACCCCCCCCACUCUUCCUAUCGCAGCCCCACUUCCAAACUGGGGCCAGCUCCUCCCUGCCAGGCCGUGGAGCCCCACAGCCGCAGGGGCCCCGUCACCGGGGAGAGAGAUCAGCAUCUGCACACCUGGUCUUCACCAGCAAAACCCCCAGCCGGCGGCGGCGGUGUGCCUUACAGCCACUUUCAGCCUCACCCAGGACUGGGGCAGUGCGGCCCCUCUGCACCUCCUGCCGCCGCCGCCGCCUCAGUACCUCAGCAGAGCGGGCCCUAUGAUGCGUGGCGGUACCAGAGUCGGCCCGGGAGCCACCUCCUGGAUUCAGACAUCAUCAGACCUCCGGGACUGUUACCUCAUCACCAGCAGAGCCACAAUCAGGGUCCGGACAGCCAGCGUCGACCUCACGUCGCCCUGCACCCCCCCAGCUCAACCCGCACCCCUGUAAUCACCCCUAAUCAUUCCUCCUGUGCGAUCGGCGGCUAUGGCAACGGCGGCGGCUUGAAGGCCGGUUGCCAGGUGAGGGGCACCAACGGGAACCAGCAGCCAACGCCCCAAAGCUCCAACGGAUGUUCGGUUGGCCCUCAGACGAACGCCGGCCAGCCUCACCGCGAAGUACGAGGAAGACCUCCAGAUCGUGGGCAUUCAGAAGUCCCCGAGGGGAAGACCUCCUUUUAUUCUCAGGCUCAACUAGCCCAGGCCCCCGCGGGCCCUUCCUCGUCAUCUUUGUUCUCCUCAGGGCUCCCCGAGGCAGGGGACGGCGUCGUUGCGAACAGAGUCUCAAAGCCUGCGCCCGCUUCUCCUCCUGUCUACUUGCAAUCUUCCGGGCAUCAGCACGUGUCCUCCCAGGCGCACUCCCGCCUGCGGGUUGUCCCGGGCCCGGCUUUGGACUCGCAGUCCAUUGUGGAGGCUCUGGACAAGCUAGACGCAGAGCUGGAGGGUCACAUGCAAGCCGAGGAGAAGAGGAGGAGGGACAGACGGGAGGAAGAGCAGCGGAGGAAGCGAGAGUUGGAGAUGAAGCAACAGGGUGAGGAGGAGAGGAAGAGGAGAGAGCAGGAAAAGAGAGAUGAGAGGAAGAAGAGGGAGGCAGAGAAACGGGAGGAGGAGGAACGUCGGCGGCGGAGAGAGUGGGAGCUGCAGGAGCAAGAGAGGAAGAGGAGGGAAGAGGAGGAGAGGAGGAAGAGGGAGUGGGAGAAGCACGAGCGAGAAUGCAAACGAAGAGAGCGGGAAAGGCAAGAGGCAGAGAAAAAGAGGAGAGAAGCGCAGGAGCGGGAAAAGAAGGAAGAGGAGUCAAAGAGGAGGGAGGAGGAACUGAUGUGUAAAAAGGCUCCAGAGCAAACUGCCGUGGGAAGUAUGGAAAGGCUUCUGUGUUGCAACGGCCCCCCAGCUGCACAGCCCUGCCCGGCAACCUCGCCCCCCUACCCGUGGCUGAGCCGCGGCGGCGCAUCUUGCCAGGCGCUCGUCCUCAACGCCUCCCUGGAAAGGCUGCGACCGCCUCCGCUCACGCCGCAGACGGACUUCGCCCGCGAGAAGCAGCGGCAGCGGGAGAUGUGCGGCGACCCCUCUCGGACGCGCAAUACCUCAGGAAUAAACCGGGAGCGGCCCCACCCCCCGCAGGCCAAACUUUCCAAAGAGCCGGUCGCCUCUCUGCCUUUGCUCCGAGAGCCCCCCAAGCUCUAUCAGGCGUUUCCCAGAGAGAGCCCCCCGGCGGCCCCUCCGUCUGCGCCUCCCCCGCGUUCAGACACUUCCCCAUUCGAGGAGGAGCCCUCGGAGCUGUCCACCUUGCUCCCUGACGGGCUGGCCAACAUCAUGGCUAUGCUGGAUGAAUCCAUUAAGAAGGAGGAGGAGAUGUACAGCGAGGGUCUCCUCGAUAACUUUGCGCUUAGCGUCCCGCCCCCCGAGAAUUACCGUUGUGCCCCAGACCUCCUCCCGGCACUCAAACGUCAGCCGAACCAGGAAGAUUUCGGAGCCAACGCUCACGCAAGCCCACCUGUGCUCAGCCGCCAAGGCUCGCUCGCGUCCCCAUGCAGCCGGACGUCUUCGCUACGAGGAGGUGGAGCAGGAGCAGGAGGAAGAGGAGGAGGAGAAGAAGAAGAAGAAGAAGAAGAAGAAGAGCCAGACCAACUGAAAAGUUUGCCCCAAAAGACUGGAGCGGGAGCGGGCAACAGCACCUACCGCCACAGCGACUUGGCCAAACUUUACGGCCUUCCCGAGCAGUCGAGAAGCGAGACGGAGGAGGAGGAGGAAGAGGAGGAGGAGGAGGAGGAGGAGGCCCCGUCGUGUUCUCCGCCACCUCAGAGGCCCCACCUCCACCAAACGGGAGUCAACAGCAUGUUCAAGUCUCUGGCCACAGUCCUGGAGAGCCAGAAAUACGCGUACCGAGGCGGACCUUUCGGGAGGCCGCCGCCGUCGGCUCUGCUCGGCGUCAAAUUUUCCUCGUCUCUCUCGCUGGGUCCCGAUAUUUGUCGCCAACAGCGCGGCGGAUCACCCGCGUCCGAUUCCACCGACGCCCCUUUCAGUCCGACGGUCCCUCCUCCAAAGUCCUCCCCGCCCCGCCCGCUCGAAGCCCAGACGGUCAGGUUGGAGCCCGCGGAUGAAAUCACGGCAGUGAGGAGAAACGUCCCGAAGGAGCUCCUGCCCGCUAUAACGCUUUAUCAGGCCCUUGAGGAGGAGCGGGGUUUGAACACCGUCCCAGAGUCGUCGCUGACGGAGCCGGAUGACAGCUGUCAGGUCGCGACGGACAAAGGCAAAGCCGAGGACAGACACAAGCCGGAGAAAGCCAGGGAGCGCCGCGAGAAGGAGCGACACCAGGACAGGGACAGGGACAGGGAGAAGGAGAAGAAGAGGAAACACGCCCACGGCCGCAAGCAGGAAGAUGCAAAAGACAAGCGGAAGCACCGAGACAAGAAGGAAGAGACGGCCUCCUUCUCCUCCUCCUCCUCCUCUUCGUCGUCCUCGCACUCGGGCAGCAGCCGCAAGCGGCACAAAGAGGGCAAGCGCCACAAGGACAAGGACCGGCGAAUCCUGUGCGACCUCAACCUCCAGAGCAAGGAGGGAAAGAGCCGCAGUCAUCACGACUGGGAGAAAAAGAAGCGCAAGGACGCCUCCGCUGACGGCGAGCGCGCCGAGUGGAGGUCGAAGAAAGGCGGCGUGUCGGGCUCGUCGCUCGGUUCCGCCGACUUGCUGAAGGCGCUGUCGGACGGGCCCCCGAAGGAGCUGAAGAUCCGACUGAUCAAAGUGGAGAGCGGCGACCGAGAGACCUUCAUCGCCUCGGAGGUGGAGGACAAGAGGAUUCCCCUGGGGGAGCUCAGCAUCAAGAACACGGCCACGGAAAUAAUCCGAUCUUGCAAGGGGGCCAGAGUCAAAGGGAAGUUCAGGGAAUCUUUCUUGCUGCCGGCCUUCUCUGUUAAGCCCAUCUUGAUGUCGGAGGAGCAAAUUCCAAGAGACAAGCUCAACCCCCCCACGCCCAGCAUCUACCUGGAGAGCAAAAGGGACGCCUUCUCUCCUGUGCUGUUGCAGUUCUGCACGGACCCAAAGAACCCCGUCACGGUCAUCCGAGGCCUGGCUGGAUCUCUACGGAUCAACUUGGGCCUCUUUUCUACCAAGUCUCUGGUGGAGGCCAACGCGGAGCAGGCCGUGGAGGUGCGGACUCAGGUGCAGCAGCCGGCGGACGAGAACUGGGACCCCAGCGGGACGGGACAGACGUGGCCCUGCGAGAGCAGCCGCUCCCACACCACCAUCGCCAAGUAUGCCCAGUACCAAGCGUCCAGCUUCCAGGAGAGUCUGCAGGAGGAGAAAGGAAGUGACGAGGAGGCGGACGAAGAAAACGACGACGACGAAGAAGAAGAGGAUGACGAGAAGCCGUCCGGCAACUCUGAAAACCCGAGCAAGGACAACAGUGUGAAAGAAAGCAGCAGCAGCGGUGAGCAGAAGCCAGUGGGAAAGAUCAUCAAAUUUGGCACCAACAUUGACCUGUCGGACCCCAAGAGGUGGAAACCUCAACUGCAAGAGCUCCAGAAACUGCCUGCCUUCAUGCGUGUGGCGUCCAGUGGCAACAUGCUGAGCCACGUGGGGCACACCAUCCUGGGCAUGAACACCGUCCAGCUCUACAUGAAGGUCCCGGGGAGCCGAACGCCAGGCCACCAGGAGAACAACAACUUCUGCUCGGUAAACAUCAACAUUGGCCCCGGAGACUGCGAGUGGUUCUCUGUGCACGAGAACUACUGGCAGGCCAUCAACGACUUCUGUGAGAAGCACGGAGUGGAUUACCUGACGGGCUCCUGGUGGCCCGUGUUGGAGGACCUGUACAACGCCAACAUCCCGGUGUACCGUUUCAUCCAGAGGCCGGGGGACUUGGUGUGGAUCAACGCCGGGACCGUGCACUGGGUUCAAGCCGUGGGCUGGUGCAACAACAUCGCCUGGAACGUGGGACCCCUGAACGCUUACCAGUACCAGCUGGCCCUGGAGAGGUUCGAGUGGAACGAAGUGAAGAAGGUCAAGUCGAUCGUACCCAUGAUUCACGUGUCGUGGAACGUGGCCCGUACGCUGAAGAUCACCGACACGGACACCUACAAGAUGAUCAGACAUUGCCUGCUGCAGUCCAUGAAGCGCAUCCAGAUCCUGCGGGACCAGCUGGUCGCCCAAGGCAAGAAGAUCUCCUACCAGGGCCGGGUCAAGGACGAGCCCGCCUACUACUGCAACGAGUGCGACGUGGAGGUGUUCAAUCUGCUGUUUGUGACCAGCGAGAGCAGCAGCAGGAAGACGUACGUGGUGCACUGCGAAGACUGCGCCGGCGGGCGAACCCCCGGCCUCAACAACGUGGUGGUGCUGGAGCAAUACUCCAUGGAGGAGCUCACCGCCACGUACGAUUCCUUUAGCCUGGCUUCGCCGUCCUCCGGCUCCUCCUCCUCCCCCUCGUCCUCCUCCCCCUCGUCCCGGUGACGGGACUCCUUUCCCACGUCGUCAGCCGCAACCAAAACUCCUGCGAGCCAGGACAAAAAAAAAAAAAAAAAAACAAACAAACCCACACAAAAAAACCACUUUCAAUGUUGAUUCUUGGAGGUAAUGGAAUGGAUUUGUUUACCGACUCGUACUGUUUACAGAUCAAGACAAAGCCUUUUCGGAACCCGACCCGCUUUUCUCUUGUCGUCUUGAAUACCGAGUACAUUUGUACAUGCUGUUUGGUUUUGAAAUCAAAAUAAUUUAUUGCUUUCUUAAAGUAGAUUUGCCUAGAUAUAUAUACCACAUUGGCCUUGUCACUUGUAUUUAGAAAAGAGAACACGGGGGUUGGGGGGGGGGUGCCGAAUAAUAGAGCCUCCUCCCCCCCCCCUCCCCCCAAAAAAGCAUUAAGAAUUUCCAAGUGUACAAUUGUUUGGAACGCUUCAAGGCAUACGGAUACGGGUUUUCACAUGUCGGUGCUUGUUUUUUUUCAGGGGGGC